ACGUGUGACUAAACGGUCUCGACUCGGACAGAGGGGGUCAAACAGUGAACUCUGCUCUCUACAGUUAUGAAUCAUCUCUGAAUAUUAUGAUUGGACACCAAGAAGACAUUGUCGUCAUGCGGGACAACGCAGGAGGACGAGUGGUCAACCGCAUCUUCGCACCUUCACAGUCGUAGGAGUUUGGAAAGUGACGUCCUUCAUAAUGAACUGUGCCGUGGUUCUUCUGUUAACAUCCAGCUGCUUCACCUGGUCUGCAGCUGGAAACAUCCCCAGCAGAGAAGCACCCAACAAGCUGAAGUACCUGUUUGAACCGCCCGUGUACGCUGAGGUCGCUGGCCGGAGGGGGGGGAAUGUCACCUUGCCGUGUAUUCUGAGAAUGAAACCCAGCCUUUACAAAGUGAAAUGGACAAAGCUGGAGCCGGGACACGUGGGGCCGGAGUUUAUCAUCAUGAUAUCAAACGCCCACACCUUCAAGCCGUACGGCCGCCUUGGACCGCGGGCCUCUCUUCGGAAGGCUCACACCAUGGACGCCUCCUUGCAGCUUAGCCGUCUUGAGCUGGACGAUGGCGGCACGUAUCGCUGUGAGCUUGUCAAUGGCCUCGAGGAUGAGAGUGUUGUCAUAACGUUGACUAUUGAAGGUGUGGUGUUCCCCUAUCAGAGCAAGAACGGACACUACAGAUUCACUUUCUAUGAAGCCAUGGAAGCUUGUGCUGAGCAAGACGGCUCACUCGCCACAUACAACCAGCUCUACAGAGCCUGGAUGGACGGUCUGGACUGGUGUAACGCAGGUUGGCUCCAUGAUGGAACCGUUCGAUACCCAAUUAUCAAUCCUCGACCUGUCUGCGGAGGAGAGCUGCUCCCCGGGAUUCGCACCUAUGGACCAAAGGAUAAAGAUCAUGAUCGGUUUGACGCCUUCUGCUUCACCUCUCAGACGUCUGGCUCUGUCUUCUACAUAUCGGGGUCCUUCUCCUUUGAGCAGGCAGGACAUGCAUGUGAACAUCAGGGGGCUGAGCUGGCGUUGGUCGGCCAGCUUUACUCCACCUGGCACUUCCAAAACUAUGAUCAGUGCGACGGCGGAUGGCUGAGAGACGGGAGCGUACGGUUCCCCAUCAGCAAACCCCGCAAGCGCUGCGGAGGCAUCCCCGGGGCAGGGGUGCGCUCAUUUGGAUUCCAUGACAAGAUGACACAUCUUUACGGAGCCUAUUGCUAUAGGUAGCCUCAAGUAAAAUCACCAAGUCUCCCAGUCAACAAGCGCAAAUUGAUUUCACGCUGUUAUUUCCAGGAACAGCAGCAGCAAACGGUUUGAAUAAGACUCGUUCAUGCUUCCUUUACGUACCAAAAGAGAUACGUCCCUUUCAAACAAUGUGACUGUCAUCAUCCGUCCAUGCGUCUGUUAGGUUGGCUAUGAUUCUCUUACUACACUGCCCCCCCAUGAUCUCCAGUGGUACUGCUACAUUUUGUCUCGUACCACCAAUAAGGACAGAAUGAAUGCAGAGUACGGACAGAACGCUAUGUUUCCGUAUAUGUAUCUAACAUUGAGCAUGAAUGAGCCUAUAGAGAACAGUUUUUCUGCGUCAUUUUGCGUUACCACAACAGGUUGUUGGCAUCAGGCCACUUCACUUCUCGUCGACUAGUAACUGACUUAAAAAUGUCUUCGUAUGACCCACGAGCACCAAAGCAAGAAAUCUCACAUCUGACGCAACAGACGAUUACUGACGUCAGGCGUAUAUGGUUAUAUUUACAUUUUUUAAGAAAUCUCAUUAACCAUAUAAUGAAGUAAUUGUGUCCGCACCAAGAUGGCGCUGAACCAAACGUUAAACAGCCGCUCACUAACCAGUCAGUGACGUCAUGAUUGACACUUGCUACGAGUCAAACCCAGGUUAAACGACCACGUGUGAUUCAGUCAGAAGCAAUAAUCAUUGUCGGUUGGUGAAAACAGACGUAAUGUUGUCGUGGGUUAACUUUGGAAAACACCAGCUUCUGUGAAUAAUUCAUAAUUAAUAAUGAACAGAUGUUAAUCAUCCUUCUCUUAACAUGUGAUGAAAAUAGACCUGCUUGUUUUCUGCUUGUUUGUUUAUUGAACACGACAGGAAGCUGCUUCCUCUGAGGUCAAACUGUCAAUUAAUCACAUGUCAUUUAAUUUAUUCAAUAAAUUCAAAUAUCAACAUAUCAGUGUACUG